UAAUCAGAUGAGACGAGUGCCAAAUAUGACAACCAAUCCGGCCUCCUCAUCACCGUUGAUUUAUUUGUAAAUAAGAUGGCAGCAUGUACACCUUCACCCAUCAAAUUACUAAUUCCAUCUCCCGUGUCAGGACAAGCGCGGGCCAUCAAAUAUUGGAAAAAUCGUCUGAUACGUCACUGCACACUCGAGCACUACGAUUGCGAUCUCUAUAAAAGGGGAAAGAGGUUUCACGAGCUAAUCAGUUGUGCCCAAUCCAAACUCAUCGCGGAUAGCAACAGCCUACUACAGCACGAAGAAGAAGAAAUGAGCAGCGAUAGUGGAGAAGGUAAGACCGUGUGCGUGACCGGAGCAUCCGGUUACAUUGCUUCUUGGAUUGUGAAGUUUCUUCUACAGCGUGGCUACACCGUCAAGGCCUCUGUUCGUGACCCAAAUGAUCCAAGAAAGACAGAACACUUGCGAUCACUUGAUGGAGCUGAGGAGAGACUUCAAUUGUUCAAAGCGGAUCUAUUGGAAGAAGGUUCGUUCGAUGCUGCUGUUGAAGGGUGUCGAGGUGUUUUUCAUACUGCAUCUCCUUUCUAUCAUGAUAUUACCGAUCCUCAGGAAUUAAUUGAUCCAGCAGUGAAGGGAACACUUAAUGUUCUUAACUCAUGUGCAAAAACUCCAUCUGUCAAGCGAGUUGUUUUGACAUCUUCUAUUGCUGCAGUUGCUUACAAUGGAAAACCUCGAACUCCAGAGGUUGUAGUGGAUGAAACUUGGUUCUCUGAUCCAGACUUUUGUAGGGAGUCUAAGCUUUGGUAUGUGGUCUCAAAGACCUUAGCUGAGGAUGCUGCAUGGAAAUUUGCAAAAGAGAAGGGUUUGGACUUGGUUGCAAUAAAUCCAGCAAUGGUAGUCGGUCCUCUCUUACAGCCAACGCUUAACACAAGUGCUGCUGCAGUUCUAAGCUUAUUAAAAGGAGCAAACACUUUCCCUAAUGCAUCUUUUGGCUGGGUAAAUGUCAAAGAUGUUGCUAAUGCACAUAUUCAAGCAUUUGAAAUUCCAUCAGCAAGUGGAAGACAUUGUUUGGUUGAGAGAGUUGCACACUAUUCAGAAGUGGUGAAUAUUACGCGUGAGCUUUACCCUGAUUUCCAAUUUCCAGAGAAGUGUGCGGACGAAAAGCCUUAUGUGCCAACAUAUCAGGUGUCGAAGGAAAAGGCAAAAGGCCUGGGUAUCGACUUCAUUCCUUUGAAUGUGAGCUUAAAGGAAACAGUGGAAAGCUUAAAGGAGAAAGGAUUUAUCAUUUUUUAAGCAUCUCCAAUCUCCAAAAACAUCUUUCUGUAGUAGUAAAUAAAUGAUGCAGAGAUGCCAACUGUUGGCUAGCUUUUAGCUCCAUCCAUGCCUUGAAGCAAAUACAUAUGAAAGGACUCAUCACUAUGGAUUUCCAUUUUCUUUUUUCCAAAUUUUUUCUUGAGACGA